GCUUUAAUCUAAAGUUGACAUCUCUGUAAAAUUCUAUUUUCUCUUCGAAUUUCCAAACAAUUCAUCUAUCAAUGAUGAAUAUAUACGAUCAAGUCAAGUCUCUGAAUGAGUCUGGUCUUUAUGAUGACCUUAAAACUGUGUGUUCACUGGUUCUAACUAUGAGUGAGAACAACCUGGAGUUCUUGUCAGUUUGCCAGAAAUAUCAAAUAACAGUCUUUUAUGGAAAUGCCUUGUAUCAGAACGAAGAAUACAAGAAAUCAGAGUCAGUUUAUCGGAAAGCUCUGCAUCUGAAGAAACUCAUCAACAAAACGAAAGGCAAGAGCCCACACGGGGAGCUUGUGUCAGAAGUUGAUGUGAAAUACAGGAUCCAUUUGUGUCAUAAUCAACUGAAACAAUACAGAGAAGCUAUUGGUGUGCUUGAAGGCAUUAACAGUAAACAGAGAACUGCUAGGAUUAACAUGGCGCUUGGUCAGCUUUACCAGAGAACUGGAAUGGAUAGAUCUGCUAUUACGUGUUUUAAAGAAGUCCUCAGAGAAUGUCCAUUGUCACUGGAGGCUGCUCAAGGUUUGCUGGUUUUGGGUGUGAAGGGUACUGAAGUCACCUCCCUCAUGAUGGCCGGCCUAUCAGGCGUGGCUAACUUAGAUUGGUUAUCAUCAUGGAUCAAAGCACACUCAUUUGCUGCCUCCCGGGAAUAUAACAAUGCUAUAAGUACAUUCAAGAAUCUGGAUACAAAGGCAUGUCUACGAGAUAGUGUGAAUAUCUUGUGUAGUCUUGGCGAAUCCUACGUCCUGAAUGGCGACUAUAACGCAGCCAUUAUGGUGUUACAGCGUGCUCGAUCAAUCGAUCCCCUUCUUCUGAAGAACAUGGAUAUAUUAGCAUUCGUGUUAGCCAAAGAGAAGAAGGUCAAAGAUCUUGAGAAUCUGUCCAGUCAUCUUGUGACUAUUACAGAGAAUGCACCAGAGCCUUGGAUUGCACUUGGAUAUUAUUCUAUGAUUACGAAAAAGGGGACGAGGGCUGUCUACUUUGCUCAGAAGGCCUUCACCCUUGACAACCGAAGUGUCCAGGCCCUUCUUCUCAAAGGCGUUGGAUUACUAGAGCUGAAGAGAAUAACAGAAGCGAUCAUGCAUUUUAGGGAAGCUUUGAGAUUGGCGCCACACCGAUAUGAAGCUCAUAAAGGGCUUGUUGACUCGUAUAUUGCUAAUCAUCGUAAUAGAGAGGCCAUCACACUUGCUGGAAAUGCAGUCAAACAUCUUGGAACUACAGCAAGGUCCCUCACAUUAUAUGCGUCGGUGCUUGCUAAGGAACAAAUGUCAAUUGAUAAGGCUAAAAAUUGUCUUGAGAAAGCCAUGAGGAUAGAUCCAUUCAACCUUGACGCUGUGUACGUUAUGGCAGAUAUCCUAAGCAGUCAACAGCAGUUUGAAGCAGGCAUCACUCUGUUACGGAAUACUCUCCGAUCACAAAGUACACACAAGCUUCACCAACUCCUUGGUGAUUUCCUCACUCACACCAACGAACACCAGGAGGCGCUGGAUCAAUACAGCAUUGCACUGAGCCUAGACCAUACAAACACUAGAGCACGUGAUGGCAUGGAACGAGUACAGAAGCAUAAUGAUAUGGGCAUCGAGAGUCCGUACGAGAUGGAAUUGGAGGAAAUAAGUGACAACGAGGCGGCGCUGGACGGCAGUGAUAUGGAAAGUGGAUGGUCCGACACGGACUUAUGACAGCAGGAAGAUAUGCAUGCAUUUGCUGUUUGAAAAUAGACUUUACAUGUACAUGUACUUCUUUCAUAUUACUUCAAAGAAGCGCUGUAAUGGGUUUCUGAUUAUACCGAUGUGCAUGCGUUCAUACUUUAUACAUACAAAAUUCGUUUGCCGUUAGUAGCUGAUGAGGUCUUUGGGAUAUGUUAAAUUUGCCUCCAUUGGUGCGUGUAAGUGCGGGGUUGACUACAUGUACAGUGAAAUUCAUGAGACUUGGUUGGAUCAUUUUGACAGUACAGUGUAGGAUAAAGAGAUGUGAAUCACUUCGACUGUGGAUAUCUCUUGAAUUCAAUAGGAAGAGAGGAACAGUCUGCACAUGUUUACUGUCAGAAUAGGUUCCUUUUGGCAGCAGAUUAACGUAACUCAUACAGAAGAAAGGUUCUGGCAUCUUCUUUCUGAUGACAUGACACUAAUAUAUGACAUGUAUGAUGAGAAUUUAUGUUUUGUAACUAAGCACACUGAUAAUUUUGUGACAGCAUGUUGUGCAUGAAUUUGCUGUAGGAAUACAAAUGUAUGAACUGAUAUGAUAAAAGUCCAAAAUACAAUGUACAUGUACAUGUACUGAGCAGAGGCAAUAAUGGUGCAAAAUCUUUUCAGUAGACUAGUGCUGUUGGCUACAAUGUACAUGCAUAUUGUACAUGUACAUGUACAUGCACUUUUUCGGAUGGUCAGUAAGUGCACAAGACUUUGACACUGCCAUGGUACAUUGUAUCUGACAGGCAGGAACCUUUAUGAAUAGCACUAUAUAACUAAAUGUAGAACGUACUAUGAUAUACAUGUAACAAUAUGAAUCUGUAUUUUACCCUUUUGCAUUUAACUAACUGUCAGAAGAUACCUUAUUGCUGUACACCUCGUAUAUUUAUUUUACUAUGUUGUAAAUGUAUACUUUGAUAGAAAAUU